UGUGCAACACAUUCAAGUUCAACUUCUUUCGUCUGGGUCAUCGGUUGUUGUUAAGUUAUAGUCUGUUGUGAAUAAUGUGGAAAGUGUCAAACAAUUCAUUCAAAAACCCGAUAAGAAGUAAGAACUUCGUUUAUUUACACUGUCUUCGAAAAUUUACUAACGCAUCACAAUCGGAGAAUGAAAAUGAAAAAUGCUCGGAAUGGGAAAAUGCAAAACCAUACGAAUCAGUUCCCGGUCCAGGUAUUUUGCAAUUAAUUCGAAACUCAUUUCCCGGAGGAAAGUACUACAACAUCGACUUACAAACCCUAUUUAAAAGGGUGCUGGACGAGUAUGGUCCAAUCGCAAAGUUUCCAACAUUUCUGGGCAACAAGGAAAAUGUAAUUGUUGCCGAUACAAACGAUUUUGAACUGUUGUUUCGCAACGAAGGAAUUUGGCCAUACCGACGGGGUAUGCAAACAUUCGAUCAUUAUCGCAAAGAAGUUCGUCCGGACAUUUUCAAGGAUAUGGGAGGUCUGCUGAGCGAGCAAGGUGAAGCAUGGCAUAAAAUGCGCUCGAUUGUCAGUCCAAUUAUGCUGAAGCCGGCCACUGUAAACGCAUACAUACCGAAUGUUGACGAGAUUGCUAUAGAAUUUUGCGAUCGGAUGAAAACGUUGCGUGAUGACAAAAAUGAGAUGCCGUCGAAUUUCCUGUAUGAACUGAGCAAAUGGGCAUUGGAAUCAAUUUCAUCGAUUGCACUGGAUCAGCGUUUGCAUGUGCUCGAGACGAGCAAAUCUGAUGUGAACAAUCUUGGAGUUCAGUUGAUCAAAUCCGUUGACGAUUUCUUCGUAUUGUCAUACCAAUUGGAAGUUCAACCUUCCCUGUGGCGAUAUAUUGCGACACCGAAAUAUAAACAGAUCAUCAAAGUAUUCGACAAUAUGACUGAAUCGUUGGUGCACUUUGUUGAUAAAGCUAUAGAUAAUCUAGAGAAAAAUCCGAAUCGACGUGACGAAGAUCGGGAGCCCAGUGUGUUGGAAAAGCUACUUAAAGUUGACCGACAUGUUGCGCUCGUAAUGGCUUUGGAUAUGCUCUUAGCUGGUGUGGAUACAACAUCGGCGUCAUCGACAAACUGUUUGUAUUAUUUAGCAAAGAAUCCGGAGAAGCAGGAGAAACUACGAAAGGAAGUACAAGCAAUACCAGUUGAUGCAAACGGUAAACUGAUGCCUUCCAGUUUUCAAUCAGUUCCUUAUCUGCGCGCCUGUAUCAAAGAAGCAAUGCGAAUGGCACCGAUCGCUCCAGGUACAACACGAGCGCCUGUUAAAGACAUUGUCAUCAAAGGAUACAAAAUACCCAAGGGAACUGACAUAGUUAUGGCAAACAUUUUGCUGCAUUACGACAGUCAAUACUUCCAAAAUCCGAACGAAUUUUUGCCGGAACGGUGGCUACGAAAAGAGACAUCAAACACUUGUCCAGUUGAUAAAAAAGCGCCGUUCGUUUAUCUGCCUUUUGGGUUCGGUAGUCGGAGUUGCGUUGGCAAGAGAUUCGCCGAAAUGGAAAUGAAUGUGCUACUCACCAGACUAUUGAGGAAAUACCGUAUUGAAUACGACUAUGGACCAUUGAAAUAUAGAUUUGGUUUCAUCAGUGCUCCCGUUAGUGAUUUAAAGUUCAGAAUCACCGAAAUUUAAUUUUAAAUCAAAAAAUUCAAUACCUUAGUUGCAUUCAGUUAAUAAAUUUGUGUUGAUUCUGAGUUGACGAACAUAAAUUGUAAAAUAAAGUUUCU